AGGCGGUGAGAUCACCGUUGUAACUUGUGUACUUUUCAGGUUCAUUUUGUCUAGCUGAACCCAAAAUAUACGUAUUCUGCACUGCCAAGAUGUCUUCCCUCUUCAGAUCGGAGGAAAUGACACUGGCCCAACUUUUUCUACAGGCUGAAGCGGCUUAUUCUUGUGUCAGCGAACUUGGAGAGCUGGGCCUUGUGCAGUUCCGAGAUUUAAAUCCAGAUGUGAAUGCCUUUCAACGUAAAUUCGUCAAUGAAGUCAGACGCUGCGAGGAGAUGGAAAGGAAACUUCGAUUUCUGAAGAAGGAAAUUGAGAAAGCUGAUAUCCAAGUUUCGGACACAGGAGAAAAUCCAGAAGCUCCCCAACCUCGAGAAAUGAUUGAUCUUGAGGCCCAGUUUGAGCAGCUGGAAAAUGAAAUGAAAGAUAGCAAUGCGAAUUAUGAAGCACUCAUGAAGAGCUUUCUGGAGUUGACAGAACUCAAGCACAUCCUUCGCAAGACGCAGACCUUUUUUGAAGAGGCCGAACUCCAUGUGCAUAAUCAACAACAGAUCCAUGAACCGCAGGGUACUGAUGACAUGCAAGCUCUCCUGGGCGAGGAGCCAAGAGGAGGUAGUGCCACAGCAACAGCAACCCAGUUGGGUUUUGUGACUGGUGUUAUAGCAAGAGAGCGAGUACCUUCCUUUGAGCGUCUUCUGUGGCGUGCCUGUCGUGGAAACGUUUUCUUCAAACAGGCAGAAAUAGAGACUCCUCUGGAAGAUCCAAGCACUGGAGACCAAGUCAACAAAUGUGUCUUUAUUAUAUUCUUUCAAGGAGAUCAGCUCAAAAGCAGGGUGAAGAAGAUUUGUGAGGGGUGAGAAAGUCUUUUAUUAUUUGCUUAUACUGU